GAGACUUGAGAGCAAAAGGAAAAAUUUGGAAAACGAAUAUUUUUCAUUCAUUAAAUUAUAAUGAGAUGGUUUUUCCAAGAUGUCCAAGGUGGUAAUAUUAAACAUUGUCCGCAGUUUUCCUUUUUUGUGAAUUGGGUUUCAUUUUAUUUAGUGAUUGUUUGAGAUCUGCUGAGUUUCAACGGUAACAAGAAAAGCUGUCAUCAGUUUUCAAACGAGCAAAUCACUGAGGACAUCAGAAAGAAGCCAUGUUUUAGCACAAAACAAUUCAUCAAAUGAACAUUUUUUAUCACAUGUAUCAACAAGCUUAACAUAAAAUUUCGUCUUGCCUGAUUUUCUUGCAAUUAAUCAAAUGAAAUAAAGAAGUGAAGGAGGGAUUUGCAUGAGAGACGCGUUAAUUACUAUGAUUCAGGAGAUUCGUUCUGAUCGCAGAGGUCUAAUGUUGACAUCGGUAUCAUUUUCAAUUUAUGGCGUUGAGAAAUGAUUCAAACAAAUCAAUCGCGUUUUUCGUCAUCACAAGAUAUCUUAGUGUUGCGUACUCGAUUAAAAGCAGUUGAUUUCACAAGCACAGAGACACAAUGGAAAAAUCGGGAAAAGAUAGUGCUCAAGUUAAAUGUCAUUCGUUUGAAACAAACCUUGGGCCGCUAAGAAUAAGUAUCAAUCCAGUUGUUACCAUUCUAUCGGCGCUAAUUAUAUGGAUCUUUGUUAUCUUUUGCAUGGUCGAACCUGGGGCGACAAUCGAGACUAUGACUUCGACGAAAAAGUGGAUCUCGAGUACCUCAACUUGGUUUUAUAUAGGAACAAAAAACAUCUGGACGUUGUUCAUAGCUUUUAUUUUUAUUUCAAAAUAUGGGAAGAUCAAGUUAGGUAAAGACGACGAUAAACCUGAAUUCAGUGAUCUGACCUAUUUUACGAUGCUUUUCGCUGCUGGUAUGGGAAUUGGCUUGUUCUAUUAUGGCGUUGCAGAGCCUGUGCUUCACUACGAAAGGAAUGCAUCGUACAUAAACCGUUAUUGGGGAAGGUAUAGCGACAAUCAGAAGUCACAAGACGCAAUGAAUAUCACACUGUUUCAUUGGGGAAUCCAUGCUUGGAUAGUGUAUGUUAUAGUUGCCUUACUCUUGGCUCUAGUCUCCCAUCGACACGGUAGACCAAUGACAAUACGAUCUUGUUUCUAUCCUUUGAUUGGUAAUCACGUAUACAGUGUGAUUGGUGAUCUGAUCGAUACAUUGUCUGUUGUUGCUACGAUGUUUGGUGUGUGCACUAGUCUGGGGCUUGGUGUCAUAACGCUAAGCAGUGGAUUACAUCGUCUGUCGAGUUCCAUUGACGAAAGCAACAACACAACGCAUGUCGUCAUCAUUUGGGUCAUCACAGCAAUUGCAACUGUGUCAGUUGUCUCGGGUUUGAAAAUCGGUAUUCGACGACUUAGCGAGAUAUGUUUCGCCCUCGGAAUGUUUCUUAUGCUUUUUGUAUUCUUUCAUGGAAACACUUGGUACUAUCUUAACGUCUACGUCCAGAGUAUCGGCUACUACUUUCAACAUGUCAUCGAAACGAGUUUUCACACAGAGGCUUUCGCUCAAGAAGGUAAUGCCCCGGAUGGUAAAGAGAAUUCAAAAUGGAUGGAAUCAUGGACGAUAUUCUACUGGGGAUGGUGGAUUUCCUGGUCACCGUACGUUGGAAUGUUUAUUGCAAAGAUUUCUCGGGGCAGAACCAUCAGGAACUUUUUGAUGUACACAAUGACGGCACCUGUUUUUUAUAGUUUCCUCUGGUUCAGUAUCUUUGGAGCAGCUGGUUUGACAAUGGAGAGGGAAGCAGAGAUCGCAGGUGUUAAUUGCUCCUGGUUACACGGUGGUAAGGAGUCAGAAGAAUCGUAUCAAGGCAUGUAUCGGCUGUCAUGUCGUGCAAGUUCUCAGAUGUUUUUCGAUCUAAUGCAAAGUUUCAACGACAGACUAACACCGUUUCUUUACGUCAUCUCCAUCAUAAGUAUAACAUUGUAUUUCGUGACUAGUUCCGACAGUGGAUCACUGGUAAUCGAUUGCCUGUCAGCCAAUGGCAGCCCCGAUCCCCCUGUUCUCCAACGCGUUUUUUGGGCUUUGACAGAAGGAGCAUGCGCAACAGGAUUACUUGUGGCUGGCGGGUCCGAUGCAUUAACUGCUCUCCAAACGGUUUCCAUUGCGGCGGGAUUGCCUUAUACAGUUGUAAUUUGCUUCAUGUGCGUUUCACUGUGGAAAGCUUUAAAACACGAUGAUAAGAGAUCACAUAAAAACGAGGUUGAGUUCAACAGUGGCUUAUUUCGAUUGUUUACAUCUCCCUUCAACGUGAGCAAGUUUGUUGACCUCUUCAUUGCCUUAACAUUUCCAUGGUUACCAGCUGGUCGUGCUGCAUCGAAGACACGCGACAAGUACAUGUACAUGCCUAUGACUGUUAUGGCGAUCAUGUUCUACACUGUACUAACCUUACUCAUCUUACAGAUAGCUGAGAAGGACAUUGUUUACAUAGCAUGUGUCGUACUUAUGGGAUAUUUUGCUUAUGUUGCUUCACAACGUGUUGAAAUUCGACAAGUAUGUCGUAUUGAUGGAAACGUGCUGGAAGACUUUCUCGUGGUAAUGUUCCUUCAUCCGUUUGCCGUUGACCAAAUGAAUAAACAGGUGGUGUUGAAGCGCGCUUUAAAUGGAGAAAAUGAAGGAGUGCGCUUAGAUGAGUUUAAAAGAAAUUCAGAAGAAAUUCAAGAAAAUGAGACAGUUUCUGAACAUGCGUCAAAUGGAUGAAAACUAAAAGCAUAAACAAUUUAUGAUUUCGUAAGCACUUCUUGAAAAAUUUAAAGUUGAAUCAUGAAAUAAAGGUAUAUGUAGGGUUGAAAUAAAACAAACAAUGAUUACAUUGAACCAUUAAAGAACAAUUUUAAGCAUUUUUAUGAAAGUCGGAAGAGAUAUAAAACAUUUCAAUUCUAAAGACAAGCAGUAACUCCUUUACAACAUACAGUAAACAACGUUGUUCUUGAUUCUUGUUUUGUUAACAAUUGCUUCUAUAGAACGUUUGAAACCCAUUAAUAUCCUCAAUUUAUUCAAUGACGUAGCUAGAGAGGGCGGAGCCCACCCCCGACAAAAUUCCUGUCCCACUAAAAUAUUAUGUUUCACGUACAAUAGAACGUUCAAAUGACAGUCAUGGCCAACCUUCCCUGUUUAUAAUCCUCCCUUCGCAAAAUAUCCAGGCUACACUGACCUCUGAUUUGGUUUAUUGAUCUUUAUGCUUUACUGUUGUAAAACUUGUAUACACUCACUCAAAGCAUUCAGAACGCUCCAAAAAUCUGUACACGUUUUCAUAAAUUCUCAUUCUGCACAUGCAUGUGCUUUUUUUUGAGAGACAGCCCCAGAAGAGUCCUUUUAUUUAGCCACCUGUAAAUACAUAAAUGGAAAAUGAUAACUAAUUUUCUCUUUUGUCAAUAAACAAAGCAAAGCUAAAAAA